AUGGCAAUAUUCAGCGAUACACUUGCACUACCUUCCGUAUCUAUCAUGUUUUUCGUAUAUAAUUUAGUUCAAAAUCGUCCGGUAAUGGAUGAUGAUGCGGCCGUUGAAUAUUUAGAAAAAUUACAACGUGCAAAGGGUGCUUUUGAUCAUGUCUUUUAUAUUGAAUUAUGGAUGGCCGCUCUAACUGGAUUAGCAGAAGAAUAUAUCGAUUAUUCAGGUUCAGGAGGUCAUGCCCUUUUAUGGAAAAGUUUUGUUCUAGUUAAGCUCCCUGCAUUAAUUGAAAAGCUGGAAGCAAGAAAAUCAUCAAAAAUUGGUGAAACUGAAGAGAUUAAAUACGGGCGUCAUGAAUGUGUGAUUAAUCAAUUGUCCGGGUUUCGAGGAUUGUUUAAUGCAUGUAAUCAGCACUUGGAAGGGGCAAUUGAAGAUAUUUUUCAGGUUGCUGAUAUGUCAGUUGAUAUCUUGAAAGCGUGCUUUAAAAGGAAUCUUUUAAGGCGAGAGUUUGUAUUACGACAAUUGGAACUUGAAUGGAGUGGAUCAGAUUCUAUGGAAACCGAUUCGUAUGCUGGCAGCAUUUUAGACGAUCCUAAUAACGAAAUGAUAGAAAAAUUCGUGUCAGUGAUUCCUAAACGUUUUUUGGAUCAGGAAUCAAGAAUAGAAACGAUAUUAAGGUGGAGUAAUAAUCGAAAUUUACGACAUUUGUCAAUAUUAUGUCGUCUUCUUAGUGAGAAUUCUGCUCUCCUCGAUAUUAUUCAUUUAUACCACCGUCCUUCUGAAAUUUUACAACCUUUGGAACGAUUAUGUAAUACAUGGGAAAAACCCAAUGAUGAUAAUUUUGAAUCUUAUCUUCAGGAUUGUGAAAGUUUUGGUACUAUAUUUUUAUUUUUUGUCAAUAUAAUUGAUAGAUAUGAGUUAUAUAAGAACCUUAAAGAUAUAUUACGAGAUGAAAAAGGUUUUUGUCAUAUGUGGAUUCUCCAAUCAUCAGUUGUAUAUGAAAAGGGAUCCCUUAAUUCGGAAAAGGCUGCUAUGGUCGAUUGUUGGGUUAAAGUGAUGUCUGUAAUUGAAGAUAUUCCUAAAGAACUUAUAAUGGCGACAAAUCCACGAAUUUUAAUAGAGUUGGCGCCAACAAUAUUUAAACAAGCACUUGAUGGAAUCGACAAAGAUUCCGAGAAUGCUACUGCGGUAACAUUUGAAACACUAUUGACGAAUUUUGAAUUUUUUUUGAAUCCUCAUUCAUCAUAUGCAUUAGUUGGAGCUAUUCAGUGGUUAUGCGAUGAUGUUUUCUUUAAAGGCCAGAACACAAUAUCAUCAAAGGUCCUUAAAUUAUUGAUAUCAUCAAAAGAUUUUCCUGUCUCAGUUGCGCGAUUAGUAGCAAAUAAAGUAAUGAAUAUUUUAGAUAAUUCAGCAGGUAGUUUACCAUCUAUAGAGGAUACCGAGACUGAUAUCAAGUUAAAGCUUGCUGCUACACGUAAUGAACCAGAUCUGUCAUGGCGGGGAUCACAUCAUUUAGAUAUUAGUUUGUUUCGAUCAUGUUUAGAAAUUCAUGGGCCGAAGAUCUUUGUUGACUUAAUUGUAGAGGAUAUACUUACCAUUAGCAAAAAAGGAGUUGGCUACCGAGCUGCCGAACUUGGUGCCUCGUUACUUACAAUCCCUUUAUGUUACACAUGGAACGCACAUCUUCAUCCGAACAAUCUCAUUUACAUAUUAUUUUCGGAUGCGCUUGUUCGCGCACUUGAUAGAAAGGUUGCUUUGUAUGUACAAGGUCAAGCUUUAGGAAUAUUAACUUUAAUAGUGUUAAUUACUUGGAACAUUCAGUUUAAUGUAUCUACUAAAAUUGGUGGGAAGGGUAUCUAUGAAAUUUUUAUUGAACAUGUAUUACCAAAAUUUCAAAAUCAAAAAAAUGAUAGUGAAAAUGAUAUAAAUCAACAUAAAGAGACGUGGAGUAAACUUAUGUAUGGACCUACAAGAGGGUUUAUUGAUAGUUUAAUUUCUAAUAAUGACCUUAUUGAAGAAAUGCCGCAAUUGGCUGUGUUUAAAAUUUAA